GAGGUGGUGCUCAGAGAAAGGAGUGGGAAGGACUGUUUUGUGCGCCACUGCACUACAAACUUGACGGACGUACAUGAGGACAGCGCACCGAUAACUUAUCGUAUUGCUGGGCUACUGGUGGGAAAUUCAUAACACUUUGGAGGUUGAUUUGUGGAUUAUCUGCACCAGACCUCAACAUAGCUGUUUGCCAGACCACAAUGGCUGUGUACUCCAGACACCUGGAUUUCUCCUUGCCUUGACAAUACAGUUUACAAUUAAACGUGAGAAAGACACAAACAUCUCAUAAUACUUAGCAUCAACCAGGAGUUUCUUUGUUGAACUGUUUCUGUUCCUGUUGAGUAUUAUAUCACUGAGUGACUUCAUCAGACGUCACCAUGCCUAUCCUCAAGCAGCUAACCUCGAACCAGUCCAAGCGUCGCUCCCGAGUCGACCUGACUGCAGAGAUGAUCAGCGCCCCUCUCGGGGACUUCAGACACACCAUGCAUGUGGGUCGUGGCGGAGAUGCCUUUGGGGACACCUCAUUUCUCAGUACCCGGUCUGGGGAGCCCCCUAAAGAACCAGCUCCAGAGGUGCAGCAGAGCUCCCCUGGACCUGUCCCUAAACCAGGCCUGCUGUCCCGAACCUUCAGGAGCAGUAAGCGCUCCCAGUCGGUGAACCGUGGCGAGAACGCGUUGGCUCCCCCUGGUGGCUCGCCAAACUUUGUGAAAAAUGCCAUCUCCCUGCCCUACCUCAACGACGAGGACGCGGGCAGGAUGGGUGGUGGUCCCCCGAUGCCCAAGAGCGUCUCCUCCAGCCCUCUGAAGAAGCUGCCCGAGGUCGAAGGAAUGAGAAAACCGGUCAACGGUGCCGCGGCCAUGGACCUGGAGUUCGAUGAGCGGAACUUCGGCGAACUGACUGACCUGCCACCGUCCCAUCUUCGAGGUGGUGGGAUGAAGCAUGCGGAAUCCAUCAUGUCGUUCCACAUCGACCUGGGUCCCUCUAUGCUGGGGGACAUCCUCAGCGUCAUGGAGAAGAAGGGCUGGGAGGAGGACGACCUGGGAUACGAGGAGGGGAAGGGCAGCGAGGGCCGUGGGUCACCACCCCUCAGUCCUCCCACCACGGAGGACAAUGUUGAGGAUCAGGUGGAUCUACAGCCGCCAGUCAGGCCCCCACGCAGCACCUAUCCCCAGCAGAAAAUCAUGGCAGACCCCCCCUACACUCCUCCCAGGAACUACCACAGCCACCUGGACAGCUGCUCUUUUUCCUCUUCCGGCUCCGCCGCUCUUGAUGAGAAACCACUCCACCACCUGCAGGAGGGGGACACGGACAGCGCCAAGUACAGCUCUCCAGGUGUUGGGGGGGAGGAUGACAAAGACUUCUCCUUUAUGGACGAGGACGAAGAUGAAAUCAGGGUGUGAAACAGAACAGGGCUGUAACACCACCGACACAGAACGUGAUUUAUAAAGACACCAGAACAUGGUUUGCGAGGACAUGGAUGGAGACUAGUAUUCUUCAUGCAUUUUGAAGCUAGUACAAGCCUGGGAGGGAAGGGUUGGUGCACCUACAUUUUUACAUAUGGAUCUAUCCAGAGAAUCUCUAUGUGCACACCAUAUUCUGCUUUACUUCCUGUAUUCGGAUUCAAUCACUCACCAUCUGUUACUGAGCCUUAUUCACUCCAGUGUGUGUUCUACAGUUCAUAGAAACAAAAUGCCUGUCCUAUUUGUCCUUUUACUCUAGCCAUUACGGAAUUCACACACACACACACACACACACACACACACACACACACACACACACACACACACACACACACACACACACACACCGGUUAUUGGUUUGAGGGUUUCCUUUUGUAGAAAUACGAUCUGUCAUUAUGAUGAUCUAAUCCCACAGUUCCAAUAUGUCAUCAGUGUGUUUAUGCUUUAAGGGGGCACAUCUCAAGGAUCUCAACCCUCAUAUCCAACAUGAACAUAUCCCACCCACGCCUCCAUUGUCUUUUCAUCCAGAGGAUUUCCCUUCCCUAACAUUCCUUAUAGCGCAUUAAUAAGGAAGGGAAAGCCAACCACCAAUCACUGGUUGUCACACUGAUCGUCGCAUUCUUUAACAGCGGAAGUAUGGAGGUUGACCGAGGUCACUUUUGAUCAAACAGCAGUCCUCCUCGAGGGAGGUGUGAUGCGUUAGGUGGAGGCCGGGUCAUAUGUUGUAAUGGAUGAACGGUAUGUUUCUCACACAGCUUUGGAGGGGGGGAAUAAAAUGAAGAACAUAAAAGUAUCCCAGGGUUUAGCUAGCGUAGCCGCAUAGUCUUGGGGCCUUGAAUUAAUUGUGUGUGUUGAGUGAAGUGAGAAUCGUGAGAUGCAGUUAAAAUAUUGGUUUGUUAAUGUUCUGUUUUUUUUUUUUUUCCCCUACGUUUAUACAUUGUAUGCACAUACAUAAUUGAUAAGUUGGUCUUCUAGCAGGUUCUAAAUCAAUGUCACAACUUGGUGGUUCAUUAUUCUAACCAUAAGUCAGCUUUAGUGUCAACUGUUUACUUACAAUGCUCUAUUCAUGCCCAGCACACUGAUGUCAUAAAUGAGGCAAAAGUUUAAUUUGUUAGAAACUACUUAUUGGAUGUGCCCUGUUUUAAGUCACCAUCAUUUUGAUUUAUAGGGAGCUUUGUUAAAGUUAGGCUUGGAUGAACUAAAGAUCUCCAAAAUCCUCCCAUAGGUACUAUCCAACCCAGUGAGCCUUAGCUUUAGAGUUGUUUUGUUAGGCCAUGAGUCCAUGACACUUUGUUAGCUCAGAUCAGUGGACUCAGUAGAAACAUAGAAACAUACACAACACUGAUCUCAGUCAUAUAUCCCCUGCUAGCACUGCCAAGGUAUAGCAAGAUGGCUCACUCCCUAAAACACUAUUGUACAUAAAGAAUCACUAUUUUAUUUUCUUGUACGUUUUGUUUCUCUUUUUUGUUUUGCUUGACUUAUUAUUAAGGACAAAUGUACAUUUUGCUAAGAAAAUGUGCCCUUUUUGUUGCCGCUAUCGUGUCCAGUAGCACUUUUUAUUGUACAUAUGUUUUAGAAAGUGAUUUUUUUUUAAAGACAAUUUACAGGAGCAGAGAAAGUGGUUGUGAACAAGAGUGGUGACUGUACAGUAGUAGACUGUCAUGUCUACAGAUGUAGGAUCUUAAUUUGAGCCAGUUUGCUACAAAUAAUCCUGCAGCAACAGGAAAUUGGAAUUACAUUAGGAAAUGUGGAUUAUAAUUCAUCUACAUUUUUGUAGGGGUUGAUACAUUUUUAAUAAGGGAAAAUCAAGUCUGACAUUUCAAAGUGGAAAUUAAACCUUGAAUACACUACAACUUAAGUUCUGCAACAGGGUGAUCUAAUUAAGAUACUAUAUCUGUAUGUGGUCAUCUCUUGCCCCACACACACCACAGGCUUGUAGGAUCAGCAGGUUAGGAGCAAGAGGAGAGACGUCUGAAGGGAGGAGGAUAUAACUAACAAGAGAACACUAGUGAUAAGUGACUGUUACCCACCUCUCCAUUACGCCAUGCAGGCCUGGGCUACCAUAUGAGAAGAUUGAAUCAACACCAUCUGGCUUCGCUCCACCAUCUCAUUCAUAAACAUAUUUGGCUGAUUGGUUGGUAACUGACCCAACGACUCAUCCAUUCAUGAGUCACAUGUCUGGGAAAGGACAGGUGCACCUGUUUAGUUUCUCCUACAGUUGUGCAUCCCAAAUGGCACCCUAUUCCCUAUAUAGAGCACUACUUUUGACCAAGGCCCAUAUAGCAAAUAGGGUUCCUUUUGAGAUGCAUGCAGUGUGACUAGGUUCUCCCCCCCCCCCCCCACUCACAUUCAUUCAUUUGGUCAGAUUAUGAAUCUCAUCUGUUAUGGUAAAGCAGGAAGUACCUGCUCAAGACUUCCUGGAUCCCUGAGUAAUCUAUUGCCUUUAUGCCUGUGAAAGGAAAUUAUAUUUGUGACACUGGGGGAGCACUGUUCUUGUUUCCUGUUAUGGUGUUGUUUGGGGGUGGGAGGGAGGGCACACAUUAUCCUAUGGUGUUGAAGUGAGGGUAGGGACAAUUCCAGGAUGUGACAUCACUCAGCCAUGCGUUCAUGCUACGUAUGUCAGUUCCAAGUGUACAUGUCUGUAUUAAAGAGAUCAGUCGAGUUCAUUGAUUAAAAUGACCAGAUGUAAAUGUGCCAAUUAUGUAAUAGUCAACCUUUUGACAUUUUGAUUUUUGAAUGACACAUUUACAGGCUACAGCAGUAUAGGCUACUUACGAUAAUUCUCAGGCCUCUCGCACUGUUCAUUUGUAAAUGGGUCAAAUUUGGGAUUGCUUUGUUAUUUGAAACUCUUGCUUGUUCCAUUUGUUGUAGAAUUUGUCCAUGGAAAGUGGGUUGAGCUGCUGUAAUCUCUUAUCUGUUCUUACCCAAUAUGGGGAUAUUUUCAUCUGUCAACACUCCUUCCUAUUCACCACCAUGUUAGUUGCUGCUGAUGAGAAGUAGUUAAAUACUAAUUGUAUCAUCAAUGAAAAAUGGUGUCUAUUGCUAUGUUUCGUUAUAGGCAUUAUGGCAUAGUGACGCUAAUGUAAGAGCCAUCAGACGGUAAAGUGGAUUUCAGUGUCCUGGCCUGAUGCCUGUGGUAAAAAGGGGAAAGGAUUGUUCUUUUUCAGUCUCAGCUGUAGAAUGUUCCAUUUUAUUUUCCUUCUGUGGCGACAGUUUUUAUGCCAAGUAUGUGCUAUUUUUCUUCUUUCUCUCAUUCUACUGUAUAUUAAUAUAUAUUUACCUCCCUCACCCUUCCUCUUCUGAAAUAACAGCUAUAUUUUUCAAUAAAAAGAAAGCUGGUAAUCUUUACCAGGA